CUAGCCAAAGCCCCUGGAUAUAGAGGGUCCGAACUGGGGAAUCUAACUGAGUGGGUUGGUCCGCUGGUCGGUUUUCUGGUUCCGGCUUUUGCAUUCGUUGUCUCAAUCCCACGAAGCUUCCGAGUUCCCAGAAUGGAGAGUUGGUUUGGGCUUAAGAAGCGUUACAGUCUCCCGUGGCUCGUUUUCAGCCUUGUUAUCAUGAUCCUUGACAUCGUCUUGUGGAUUAUCAUUGUGUUUGCAUUUUCGGGACCACUAAUUGCUGGAGCUAUUCAUGAGGCAUUGAUCGACCACACGGUUCUCGAUGCAGUCAGGGAAACAGUUGAAGGAGCACUCCAACAGCCACUCCCGCCCCAAUUGCGAGAAGAAGGGCGACAAGACAUCGCCUUCGCGUUGGUGGGAAGCUUGAUGCCAGGCGAUGGGGAACUCGCUGCUAAGAUCCAGUCUGACAUUGUUUCUUCUGCACACGGACGACGCAAGCUGCAAGCGCUCCUGACUCUUCUUCCAUCCUACGGGACUCGCGUCGGCGUACCUGUGUUCUUCUAUCUCGGAGCAUACGCCUAUUCUCUCAUCGACGCUGAGAAUAGGAGAGGAGAUAAUGACACUGCACAUGCAAUUGCUUUCGGGUUGUGGUACGGAGUCAUUGUCAUCGGCGCCAUCGUUUCCUCGAGCGUCCUAGGUAUCGACAAUCCUGCCAGUCUCGAGGCUGUAUUUUCCGAAUCCAAUCCUCCCAUCACCGGGUUCUCGCAGCCGUGGCACUUCUACGAGUCUCCCUUCCGGACGGUUUGGGUAUGGAAUCGGGCUCGCCUCUUCCAAUCGUGGACCCACUGGGCACCUCUAGACCCCGCCAUCUGCACCAAAAUCCUAUCCUUCCGCUGCCGAUUCUGGGCGGCUUUCUCAGCCGCCUUGCUCAUCACCAUCCCCUGCUCCUUCGCGUUCACUGUCUCCUACUUCACGCCCGAAAUCGGCAUCGGGUGCCGCUCGCUCACCAUCCUCGUCUUCGUUUGCUCCCAAAACGGGCUCCUGAUCUGGUGGCUCUACCACAACUCCUCGCUCCGCCUCCAGCACAAGAACAAAAACAUCCCCUGGUACAAAACUAAAUCCUUCAUUCUAGUCCACCUCUGGGCUGGGCUUUGUCUUAUCCUUGGAGCCUUCUCCACAGUCGGUGGAACAAUCAUGCAGCUCGUCGGCGUAUACCGCAACUGCAUCUGCAAAGCCGGCAUCAUUCAGUAUGCCAUCCAUAAUGAGAAUAGCACGGUGAGACUGUCGACGGAUAACCAGGACCAUCGUGAUAGUUGGAUUUUUUGGAAUAUUUUUGGUAUUACGGGUAUUGCAUUUAUCGGCGUUUUGAGCCUUUUCGGUUGGCUAUACCAAGCAAGGACAAGGGCGAGGUGUAGGAAGCUUAUUGAGAAGUUGUGA